AUGGAAAAGAAAUUCUCUAUGGGAAAACAAACUGGUACGGACAAAGAAAUGAUCAAGGUACAAGUUGUGAACGUUAGUGGAACACGUUUUGAAGUCUCUGAAAAUACGUGGACAACUAUCAAGAAAAAUGUUCCUGAAAAGUAUCAAGACAAUUUACAUCAGCUUGGUUCUGAGAUAUAUGUUGAGAGACAUCCAUCAGCAUUUCAGAGUAUAUUAUAUUUUGAGCAAGGUGGAGAGCUGCAUCUUCCUAGUGAUCUAUGUCCGUCAUCAUUUAAGAAAGAGUUAGAGUUUUGGGGCGUGGAUGAAUAUUGUCUUGCUAAGUGUUGUUUUGCUAAAUAUGCCGGAUACUUCGACGACAACGAGGUUCUGAAGAUUCUGGAAUCCGACGAAAACAAAGCACGUGCGAACAAGCUUCAUUUAAUGAAAAUAAGUGCGGGGGCACACGGUUGGCGUCGUAUACAAGGGCGAAUGUGGCUCAUCUUGAACGAGCCAUUCCACUCAAAGGCGGCUAAGGUUUACUUCGUGUACAGCGCUAUUUUGAUAACUGUAUCACUGUUUGCUUUGAUUGCUGGGACUCAUCAUGCCUUUCAAAGACCGCUGAACAUGAAGGAAUGGAAAAUAUACUUUGGUGACGAAUGGCACAAAUACAAACACCAUUUUGUCAGUGAAGUCGAACCAGAACCAGAAGUGACUUCUGAGCCGGAAGUUAGUUCAGAACCGGAAUCUACUACUGAACCGGAGCCGACUUCUGAAGCAGAAUCAACUUCUGAGCCGGAAUCAACUUCCGAGCCGGAAUCAUCUUCUGAACCGGAAUCAACUUCUGAGCCGGAAUCAACUUCCGAGCCGGAAUCAUCUUCUGAACCGGAAUCAACUUCUGAGCCGGAAUCAUCAUCUGAGCCGGAAUCAACUUCUGAGCCGGAAUCAACAUCUGAGCCGGAAUCAUCAUCUGAGCCGGAAGCGACUUCAGAACCUGAAUCAAAUUCCGAGCCGGAAUCAACAUCGGAACCAGAAAUGAUAUCAGAGGCAGAGGGUGAAGAGGAAGCAUGGGCAAUCCCGGAAAACGCUUUUGCAAGAUACCUUUUUCUUGACAUAUUGGAAUUUAUUUGUAUAGCUUUAUUUUCUGUAGACCUUGUUAUUAGGUUUAUAUUUUGUCCUUAUCGAUACCAGCUGCUAUUCUCCUUUCUUAAUUGGAUUGAUAUAUUUGCUUUAGUUGUUAUGUACUUGAAAUACACAAUCGAAACUAUUUUUCCCAAGGAGAAAUAUGAAGCCUCGGUUCUAGAUAUCUUACACUGUCUUCAGAUUGUUCGAAUCUUCAGACUUUUCCGGCUUGUUAAGAAUUUCAUCGGUUUUCGCGUCCUGCUAUAUGCUUUCAAAGCCAGUUUUAAGGAGCUUUUGUUAAUGUCGCUGUUUCUAUUUGUUGCGAUGUUGGUUUUCUCAACAUUCGCGUUUUUCUCUGGAGACGACAACUUCCCGAACAUUCCUGAUUCAUUUUGGUGGGCUGUUGUUACUAUGACGACAGUAGGUUAUGGCGAUGUAGUUCCUAAAACAACAUUGUCGAAAACGAUUGGCGUGUUUUGCGCAAUAUGUGGUGUUUGUUUAAUAGCGGUAAUAAUACCAAUUUUCGUGAACAACUUCAUGCUAUUUUAUACAUAUUCAAAGGUCUGGGGAAAGAAAGCAGAAAAACAACAUGGAAGUAAAUCAGUCAAAAUCACGCAAGUACUAGCAGUUGAUGAUUUGGAAAAAUAA